AUGACUGAAGUCGUCGUCAAUGGCUCCGGCUCUGCCCCCGCCGAUCUCGACUUCGCUGCCACUAGAGCAGCCUUGACCUCAUCCUCUACCUCCGUCAGGAUACCUCAUCUGCGGACCAUUGAGGACAAAAUAUCCAACACAGACAUCGACCCGGCCUUGGUCCGCAAACUUAUCCAGCUACUCUUCUGGACACAUGCCUUCUACACCGACCGAGCCUCCCGACUUGCCGUACAGAAAUGUCUCUCCGCCAUCCUGUCCAAGGGCCUCGACUCUGGCGUUCUCUCCGCCUUCGUUACUGCCGUGCGCGCAGAGUCGCAAAAGCAGGGAAUCGCCGCCAGCAAUGCCUUCGUCCUGGUUGAAUGGUGCAGUCUGCUUAUGCAGCACCUCGCGAGCACAUCCGAAUGGGACAAGCUGGCUUCACAGAUCCUUCUGGGUCUUGCCGAUACUUUGGAGAAGUGCCUUCAGCCUGCUGCCAAGAGGGAAAUGGCCAAUUCCGCAAUCGUGGUAACUCGCAGAGGUUUGCGCAAGCUAUUCACGUCACACCAGAAUCCCGAAAAGGCCCUCAAGGAUGCUGUCCAACUUCUGACGGCCAAGGCUGCGCAGCCUUCUGCAAAGAACGCGCCUCUUCUCGGUAUCAUUGCUGGCGUGAGCUCGAGGAUUCCCGCUGUCAAGCCUUUCCUUGAGUCCCAAAAGCCGCAAUACUUCACUUUCUACACCCGAGAAAUCAUUGGCUCGCGCACUGCCAUUCCUGAACAUAUCGCGUCAGGUCUUCGCGACUUCUUCCUCGACUUCGUGAGCCUCGAAGAACUUGCUAAGGAAGUGAUCCCUCCUUUGGAAAAAGGCUUAUUGCGUGCCCCCGAGAUCGUUCUCAGCGAUGUCACCAUCCCUCUGGUCCGCGGCCUUCCCAAGGAAUUCGAUCUUGCGCAAAUCUUGCUAGGAAAGCUCCUGAAGCCGAUUCUGUCCAACGUUAAAUCCAGCAAUGUCAAUACUCGAAGUGGUGCCGUCAAGGCUUUCAACGCACUGGCAGCUCAAAGUCGGGAUGAGAAGGCUCUGGAGAAGAUUUGUGAAGAAAUCGUUGCCCCUGUCAAAGGCGGAAAGUUGGCGUCAGCAGACCACAGAAUCCUCCAUUGCGAAAUGCUCGAUGCUGUUCCCCUCUCCAAAACUACAGCCGACAAGAUUGCUACAGCUUUGGCCGCUGUGUCAGCCAAAGAAGGAAAUGAGGCUGCUCUUACCGUUGAGACAUCGGCUCUUGCUAGAUCGGCUGGGUACCUCGUACAGAAUGACACAGAAGUCGCGAAGCCGGUUGUGGAUACAUGCAUCAAGGGUGUUUCGGACAAAAAGCUCACCUCACGUCGAAUCUGGCUCCUUCGCGUUGGUGAGAUCUUCAACGCUUCAAAGAGUUCGGGUGAGCUCUCUCCAGCAGCAAUCAAGUUCGCCGAGGCUGUCUUGCCCAAGCUUCUGGACACCUUCAACGAGGUCGUUGCCAACCCUCUAGCAGCCGCUCAGAAUAACCUGACUGUCGGCGCAUUCAUCGUCACAACCCUUACUUCAUGGUCACAGCAGAGCAAUGUUUCUGCGGCUGUCAAGUCAUCACUGUCGAAAAUCUCCAUCACGAACCACUGUCUCGCUCUGGAGCCGAAGCCUUCUUUUCUGCUGAACCCUCGCGUCUACGGGAAAAUUACUGUCGAAGAUGAACUCAUCUGGUUCUCCCGCGCCUUGUCGGCUGCGUCCGAGCAUUUGUCUGACAAGACUCCCGAAUCCGUGUCGAUCGCUUGGGCCGAGGCUUUCAUCUUCAUCAUCUGCUCGUCAGUGGCCACCCCCAAGGCCCGCCAAGCUGCCAUGGACAGUCUGUCCCAUGUCUAUGCCAGCCGUCCAGCUUUGGUUUCCCAGGCCGUCGUUGGCGGCAUCUGGCAUUGGCUUGAAGCUCUGGAGGCGGGUGACAAGGAUAGCGCAGCAGCUCUGUCCAAGUCUGAGAGCAAGAACCUCCACAUUGUUCUGCGUACAAUUUGCAUCAGUCCUAAGGAUAUACCAGAAGGCCAAAAGGACGCUGUUCAGGCUGCGAUUAGCAAGCAACUUUGCUCGCUUCUCGUCCUCGCUCGCCAGGAUCUGGUCCCUCGAGCCAGCUGGAUCGAGCUCUGCUUGCGCGUUGAGAAGGACCCAGGAGACCUGGCACGCCAGCUGGAGGAUGACCUGAUCAAAGAAAUCACUGACAAAACGUCUAUCGAACAGAAGUCCGAUAUUGUCAAAAAGGCCGCCUGCAACGCCGCUGCUGAGCUUGCCUUCGUGGCACCAGACACUAUGACGACUCGUAUUGUACAAAUCAUUGAGCAGGACUUGGAGCCCGAGGAACUGCGAAGCAUUGGCCCCGUGGAAGCUGCCAUUUUCCGGACGCCCGAGGGAACUGCCUUCGUUGAUGUUCUUGCAAAGAAGGCUCAGACAGCUGUCCCCGACAAGAAUAAUAAGGAUUACGACAUCUUGAAGUGGGAGGCGGAGCUGAGGGAGCAGUUGGCUCAGAAAAAGGGCCAACAAAAGAAAUUGACCGCAGAUGAGGCCGCUAAGGUGAAGGCCCAGCUUCAGAAAGAAUCAGGUAUCCGAGAGUCAGUCCGUCGAUUGGAGGCCAGGCUGUUCCGUGGUAUCGGUAUCGUCCACAGCCUCGCAACUGGACCGCCGACUGAAGCUACUCACUGGAUGGCACCUGCAAUCAAGGCUCUUCUCGAUGUGAUCGAUGCUGGCGCCAGUCUACUCACAGGUGACGCCGCGUCUCUUGCCUACCUGGCUUGCUCCGAGCGUACUACCAGUCGCCUCGGCGCGAUGAAACAAUUUGUUGGCAUUGCGACGCUGCGUGCUCGUGGCGUUACUGCACUUCCUGAGGACUACAAACAAGAGCCUGUUGACGAGCUUGUGACCAGAGUGCUCUAUCGCCUGCGCUUCGCUGGUGAGCAGCGUCCUUUCGACACGGUGUCCUUCAUCUACGCCCUGUCGCUUGUUUUCACCGUGCUCGAGAGUGGUGGUUUUGGCUCAUCACCCGACGAGCAACUGGUCCUUGCUAUCGAAAUCCUUUCUUUCCACACCAUCACUUGCGAGGACCAGGCGAUCCCUCGAGCUCAAAUACUCUCAUCCCUCAUUUCAGCCAUGCAACAAUACACUCAGCACUACAAGGUUGUCAGAGACUGUUUUGCCGACAUGGUUCGAUGCGUUGCACCAAACAUGGUUCCCGCGGAGAUCGCAGUGUUGGCAAAAGGAACCAUUGUUCCCCAAAUCAGCGUCAGAACCACUGUGUUGCAGGCAAUCAGCUCCGAUGUUGAUAUGAGCGACCUUGACUUUUCCGAUGAAAUCUGGCUGGCUUGCCAUGAUGAUGUUGAGGAGAACAUCGAGCUGGGCCGCGAAAUAUGGGAGGAGAGUGACUUCAAGUUGACCCCCGAGGUUCCGGCCAAGAUGCUGCCCUACCUGGACAGCGUUGAUGGUCAACUCCGAAGGGCUGCUGCCCGGUCGCUGGCGGAGGCUUGCGGUGCUCACAAGUCGACUCUUGAGCCAAUCUUGGAAACUCUCAAGGCUUCAUAUGUUGAGCUGGCCAAGCCGCGAGUUCCUGAGUUGGACGCCUACGGCAUGCCUAAGAAGACCAAUCUCGCAGACCCGUGGGAGGCACGACACGGCCGCGGAUCCGCAUUCAAGGAGCUCGCGCCACACAUGGGCAAACAGCAACUUGACCCUUUCUUCGAAUUCCUCAUCGAGAGGGGGCCGUUGGGUGAUCAGAAUGGCAAUGUUCGCAGCGAGAUGCUCGAUGCGGCAAUUCGCGCGAUCGACAUCCACGGCAAGGGCAUGGUUGAAAAGUUAAUGAAGGUGUUUGAGCGUACGCUCGAGGGCCCAGACAAGAACUCUGAAGCUGCGGACCGUGUCAACGAAGCCGUCAUCAUCAUGUACGGUGCCCUGGCUCGUCAUUUGAACCCAGGCGACUCCAAGCUUCCUAUUGUCAUCGAGAGACUGCUGGCGACCCUCAGCACGCCAUCGGAGACUGUUCAGUACGCCAUUGCGGAGUGCCUACCACCUCUGACUCGUGCAUACGGCGAUAAAUCAUCAAAGUAUUUCCAGCAAGUUCUCGAGACAUUGUUGACUUCGAAGAAAUAUGCCGAGCAACGAGGCGCUGCCUAUGGUCUGGCCGGUCUAGUCCAAGGCCGCGGUAUCUCAUCCCUGAAAGAGCAGCGGAUUCUGAUGACACUGAGAGGGGCCAUAGAGAACAAGAAGGAGGUCAACCAGCGAGAAGCUGCCCUCCUGGCUUACGAACUGCUGUCAACAAUCCUCGGCCGUCUGUUUGAGCCAUAUGUCAUCCAGAUCGUCCCUCAACUGCUGACUGGUUUCGGUGAUGCGAACGCCAACGUUCGCGACUCAUGCCUGGCUGCUGCAAAAGCUUGCUUCGCGAAGCUCAGCUCUUACGGUGUGAAGAAAAUCUUGCCAACCCUACUGGAUGGCUUGGAUGAUGACCAAUGGCGCAGUAAGAAGGGAGCUUGCGACUUGCUUGGAGCCAUGGCCUACCUUGACCCCCACCAGCUGGCCCAGAGUCUUCCUGACAUCAUUCCUCCUCUUACUGGUGUUUUGAACGACAGUCACAAAGAGGUUCGUUCCGCCGCAAAUAAGAGUUUGAAGAGAUUCGGCGAGGUCAUCAACAAUCCUGAAAUCAAGGGUCUGGUUGAUAUUCUCCUCAAGGCCCUUAGCGACCCGACGAAGUACACCGACGAGGCUUUGGACGCUUUGAUCAAGGUCCAGUUCGUCCAUUAUCUCGAUUCUCCCUCGCUUGCUCUGGUUACCAGAAUUCUGCAGCGCGGUCUGGGCGACCGAUCCAACACCAAACGCAAGGCCGCUCAGGUCAUUGGCAGUCUUGCCCAUCUGACCGAGCGCAAGGACUUGAUCUCCCAUUUGCCGGUUCUCGUUGCAGGACUCAAGCUCGCAAUUGUCGAUCCUGUUCCCACUACCCGUGCCACAGCCUCCAGGGCCCUUGGCUCUUUGGUUGAGAAACUGGGCGAAGAUGCCCUGCCUGAUCUCAUUCCCGGGCUCAUGCAAACCCUCAAGGCAGACAAUGGUGCUGGCGAUCGUCUUGGUUCCGCCCAGGCUCUCAGCGAGGUCCUCGCAGGUUUGGGAACCACCAGACUGGAAGAGAUCCUUCCUACCAUUUUGCAGAAUGUCGAGUCCUCGAAGUCUGCCGUUCGGGAAGGUUUCAUGUCCCUCUUCAUCUUCCUUCCUGUAUGCUUUGGCAACAGUUUCGCAAACUACUUGGGCAGAAUCAUUCCGCCCAUUUUGUCUGGUCUUGCCGAUGAUGUUGAGUCAAUCCGCGAGACUGCUCUUCGGGCUGGUCGUCUGCUCGUCAAGAACUUCGCUGUCCGCGCCGUUGAUCUCCUGCUUCCCGAGCUCGAGCGUGGUUUGGCCGACGACAGUUACCGCAUUCGUCUCAGUUCCGUUGAGCUCGUCGGUGACCUGCUCUUCAACCUCACCGGUAUCAGUGGCAAGACGGAGGAUGACGAAGAUGACGAAGAGAGCGCCAAGGAGGCCGGAGCUUCCCUUCGUGAAGCCCUUGGAGAAGACAAGAGAAACAAGAUUCUCUCGGCCCUCUACGUCUGCCGCUGCGAUACCGCCAACGCCGUCCGUUCCGCUGCUAUCAGUGUCUGGAAGGCACUGGUUUCCAGCCCUCGCAUCCUCAAGGAGCUGGUCCCGACUCUUACUCAGCUUAUCAUUCGUCGUCUCGGAAGCUCGAACAUGGAGCACAAGGUCAUUGCCAGCAAUGCUCUUGGCGAGUUGAUCCGCAAGGCCGGCGACGGAGUCUUGUCUACGUUGCUGCCCACUCUCGAAGAGGGUCUGCAGACAUCAACCGACACGGACGCAAAGCAGGGUAUCUGUCUUGCUCUCAAGGAGCUCAUUUCAUCGGCUUCUGAAGACGCCUUGGAGGACCACGAGAAGACCCUCAUCUCUGUUGUCAGAACCGCUCUUACCGACUCGGAUGAAGACGUCAGAGAAGCCGCGGCGGAGGCAUUCGACUCCCUGCAGCAGAUCCUUGGCAAGAGGGCCGUGGACCAGGUUCUCCCGUACCUGCUCAACCUCCUGCGAUCCGAGGAGAAUGCCGACAAUGCGUUGUCGGCGCUGCUCACGCUCCUCACCGAAACCACCCGCUCCAACAUCAUCCUCCCCAACCUCAUUCCCACGCUUAUUACUCCUCCCAUUUCUGCGUUCAAUGCCAAGGCUCUUGCCUCAUUGUCUCGGGUCGCGGGUGGUGCCAUGAAUCGUCGUCUGCCGAAUAUUGUCAACUCUUUGAUGGACAACAUCAUCAAUUGCGAGGAUGAAUCCUUGAGAGAAGACCUCGAGAACUCGUUCGAUACCGUCAUCUUGUCUAUCGAUGAGUACGACGGACUGAACACUGUCAUGAAUGUUUUGCUCCAGCUCACCAAGCACGACGACCACCGCAGACGUGCUAUCACAACCCAGCACUUGGCCAAGUUCUUCGCCGCAGCCGAUGUGGACUACUCACGGUACAACCAGGAUAUCGUCCGAUCACUGCUCAACUCCUUUGAUGACAGAGACCAGGACGUGGUCAAGGGAGCCUGGACUGCGCUUAGCGAGUUCACCAAGAAGCUUCGAAAGGAGGAGAUGGAGGGCUUGGUUACCUCCACCAGGCAGGCUCUUCAACAAGUUGGAGUUGCUGGUGUCAAUUUGCCAGGCUUUGAGCUUCCCAAGGGUAUCAACGCUGUGUUGCCGAUUUUCCUGCAGGGUCUCAUGAACGGUACCCCUGAGCAGAGAACACAAGCCGCCCUUGCCAUUUCUGACAUUGUCGACCGGACGAGUGAAGCAUCUCUCAAGCCGUUUGUCACUCAGAUCACGGGUCCUCUUAUUCGUGUUGUGUCCGAGAGAUCCACGGAUGUCAAGUCUGCUAUCUUGCUGACGCUCAACAACCUUUUGGAGAAGAUGCCUACGGCACUCAAGCCUUUCCUGCCCCAGCUGCAACGUACUUUCGCAAAGUCUUUGGCAGACACAUCGAGCGAGGUUCUCCGUGCUCGCGCAGCCAAGGCUUUGGGCACGCUCAUCAAGUACACGCCACGCAUUGAUCCCCUGAUUGCCGAACUGGUUACGGGAUCGAAGACAUCGGACCCAGGCGUCAAGACUGCCAUGCUGAGCGCUUUGUACGAGGUUAUCAGCAAGGCAGGUGCGAACAUGGGAGAGACGUCACGGGCUGCCGUCUUGGGUCUCAUCGACAUGGACACAGACGAAAGAGACGACGCAAUGACAAUCACCAACGCCAAGCUGCUCGGAGCACUGAUUAAGAACGUGCCGGAGGAGGCGGCCAACGGCUUGUUGAAGAACCGGGUAGUUACUAAUCACUUGAGCCAUUCCUCGGCUCUUGCGUUGAAUGCCGUGUUGGUCGAGUCCCCGCGAAGCCUCCUAGAAAGUUCUUUGGUGGACGACCUGCCUGAUCUCCUCUGCCAGGGCAUGUCCAACAAACAUCCUUUCAUCGCCGACAACCUCAUCCUGGCCACAGGCAAAUACUUGCUUUCGGAGUCACCCAAGACUUUCGACUCAAAUAAGAAGAUCUUCGAGGCGCUCGCAGGCGUCAUUCAGCCAGGCAACUCUGUCGAUUCUCGCCGCCUAGCGUUGGUCAUCAUUCGAACCAUGAGCCGCGUCAACAUGGAUAUGGUUCGCCCGCACUUGCCAUUGCUGGCGGGACCCAUCUUCUCCAGCGUUCGAGACCCGGUCAUCCCUGUCAAGUUGGCCGCAGAGGCAGCAUUUGUGGCUCUGUUCAACGUAGCAGAUGAUGAGAGCAAGGUCUUCGAGAAAUUUAUGGACGGCGCCAACCUGCCGCCAAACACGAAGAGGAGCAUGCAAGACUACUUCAAGCGCGUCACGUUACGACUAGGAGCUCAGGUACGGGAGCGUAGAGAGGCUGAGGGCGGCCAGGGCGGUCUGGGUCUGUCCAAUGACGAGGUGGAAGAUGAGAAGGAGAUCUGGAGCGUGGGCAAGGUGGAUGUUGGCGAGGACGUUUUUGGCAAGGUCAAUCUGCGAACUCAGAAGCGCCUCGCCGCGUCGGUCAUCGGCUGCGGUGAGCGCAAGAUCUGGCUCGACCCCAACGAGGUCAACGAGAUCUCCAACGCCAACUCCCGCCAGACCGUCCGCAAGCUCAUCUCCGAUGGCCUUAUCAUCCGCAAGCCCGUCACCAUGCACUCGAGGUCCCGUGCUCGUGAGCUGAACCUCGCUCGCCGCAUCGGUCGCCACCGUGGCUUCGGUAAGCGCAAGGGUACCGCCGAGGCUCGUAUGCCCAGCCAAGUCCUCUGGAUGCGCCGCCUCCGUGUCCUCCGCCGUCUCCUCGUCAAGUACCGUGCCUCCGGCAAGAUCGACAAGCACCUCUACCACGAGCUCUACCACGCCAGCAAGGGUAACACCUUCAAGCACAAGCGUGCUCUCGUUGAGCACAUUCACCGUGCCAAGGCCGAGAAGGCCCGCGAGAAGGCUCUUAAGGACGAGAUGGAUGCCAAGCGUGCGAAGACCAAGGCCGCCCGCGAGCGCAAGCAGGAGAGAGUGGCGGCGAAGCGGAACGCUCUGAUGGGCGAGGGCGAGGAGAAGACCAAAUAG